AAUAUUCAAACUUUUUUUUUAUCAGACAAAUCAGUAUGUGGUAAGAAAUUAUAUGGUAUAAAUCUAAAUCAUUAAUAUAUCUGCCAGAAAGUGUGAGCUUACUUCUUCUCUAGUUGCUGGCCACAGUUGAAUAGAAUCAACCAUGGCCUCUCAUGCAGCUCUAGCUCCAUCAAGAAUCCCUGCAAGCACAAGACUCUCAUCCAAGGCUUCUCAGCAGAACUCCUUUCCUACUCAAUGCUCCUUUAAGAAACUUGAAGUAGCUGAUUUCUCGGGGCUGCGAACCAGCAACUGCGUGACAUUCACCCGGGAGGCUUCAUUUCAUGAUGUUAUAGCUUCCCAGCUAACUACCAAGCCUACAGGAGCAGCUCCUGUUAGGGGUGAGACAGUGGCUAAGCUUAAGGUGGCAAUCAAUGGAUUUGGACGCAUUGGUAGGAACUUCCUUAGGUGCUGGCACGGCCGUAAGGACUCUCCCCUUGAUGUUGUUGUUGUCAACGACAGUGGAGGUGUCAAGAAUGCGACACACUUGCUUAAGUAUGACUCCAUACUAGGCACCUUCAAGGCUGAUAUUAAAAUUGUUGACAACGAAACCUUUACUGUCGAUGGCAAGCCUAUCAAGGUUGUCUCUGGCAGGGACCCUCUUAAACUCCCUUGGGCUGAUCUUGGCAUUGAUAUUGUUAUUGAGGGAACGGGAGUCUUUGUUGAUGGUCCUGGUGCUGGCAAACACAUUCAAGCUGGUGCCAAGAAAGUAAUCAUCACUGCUCCUGCUAAGGGCUCUGAUAUCCCGACCUAUGUUGUUGGAGUAAAUGAGGGAGAUUACUCUCACGAUGUUGCAAACAUCAUAAGCAAUGCUUCUUGCACCACCAACUGUUUAGCUCCUUUUGUGAAGGUCAUGGAUGAAGAAUUAGGAAUUGUAAAGGGGACAAUGACCACCACUCACUCUUACACUGGUGACCAGAGACUCUUGGAUGCUUCCCACAGGGACUUGAGAAGAGCCAGGGCUGCAGCGCUAAACAUAGUCCCAACCAGCACAGGUGCAGCUAAGGCCGUGUCCUUGGUCUUACCCCAGCUUAAGGGAAAGCUCAAUGGCAUUGCCCUCCGUGUCCCAACCCCUAAUGUGUCUGUUGUUGAUCUUGUUGUCAAUAUCGAGAACAAAGGUGUCACAGCUGAGGAUGUAAACAACGCCUUCAGGAAAGCAGCAGCAGGUCCAUUGAAGGGUGUGUUGGAAGUGUGUGACAUCCCUCUUGUGUCAGUGGAUUUCAGGUGCACUGAUGUCUCAUCUACAAUUGACUCAUCUCUUACCAUGGUCAUGGGUGAUGAUAUGGUCAAGGUUGUUGCUUGGUACGACAACGAGUGGGGUUACAGCCAACGGGUGGUGGACUUGGCUCACCUCGUAGCAAGCAAGUGGCCGGGAAUGGAGGGAACUGUCCCAAGUGGAGACCCAUUGGAGGAUUUCUGCAAGGACAACCCUGCUGAUGAGGAGUGCAAAGUUUACGAGUAGAUUACAAUGUGAUCUCCUAUAUCUUAUACCACUUCCAUUUCUUUUUAUUUUUUUGGUUAUUCAGCAUUUGGCCUAAUACAAAGGCUGCACAUUUAUAUAUUUAUAACACAGUUGCAUCAGCUUCUCAUUUUGUAAAUUGCUGGCAGCCCAAGGCGUAAGAACAAUCUGUGAGGUUAAUAAAUCAAAACCACAUUCAUAAUUUCCAA